CCAUGUCUAUGUUGAACUAUUCUUUAAUGUUUCAUGAUUACUGUGGUCCAGUUAAUCCUGAAUCAGUCUCAGCAUUUACACACAAGUCAGUGCAGACUGUACAGGAAAUUGGUACCAAGGAAAUAGGAAUACAAUGUGAUCCUGCCAAUAAACCUAUUUCUACAAAUAGCAGUACUCAGACGUUGGAAAGUAAGAUGGUGGAUUGUGAAACGCAAGCAAAAAUACCUGUGCUUACAUAUGAAGAUGUGCAAAUGAUAAUCAGAAGCUUCUCUUUUACACGAGAAUACCAAAUUCUAUGACUUUUGAUUGUCUUUUUGAUGAAAUUAAAGAUGAUGCAGCAAGUGAAACUGCCAGACAUGGUGCAUCUACAGAGCAAAGGAGACCCAGACAGUUUCGAUUAAUUGAUGAAUUUUUUCUUGUACUUAUGAGAUUGCGACUUGGGCUGCUAUUAGAGGAUUUAGCAUAUCGCUUUUGCAUUAGCACAACUACAUGUGGCAUAAUAUUUAAUAAGUGGAUUGAUUACUUAGAUGUCCAGUUAUCAUUUCUGGUAAUGUGGCCAUCAAGAAAAGCAGUGAAUGACCAUAUGCCACCAUCAUUCCGUGCAAAGUAUCCAACUUGUCGAGUUAUAGUUGAUUGUACAGAAAUACAAACUGAGACUCCUUCUUCUCUGCAAAGCAAAUCAUUGAUGUACAGUGAUUAUAAAUCACAUAUGACAUGGAAGGGCUUAAUAGGUAUCAGUCCAGCAAAGUUCUUGUCAACGUUGGCAGCUCGCCUCACCAGGGUGUCAAGUGAUACCCGUAAGGACGCUUGGCUUUCCCAACAUCCUUAGCCUCACCAUCGCCCGUAGUAAUGCUGGCUGGCUUGCUUCAGUAGGUUUCGUUAAACCUUGUGGUGUGCGACGAGUUGCUGUAAUAAAAACAAAUUCCCCACUAAUAGUUUCAAUGCUGUUUUAACAGAAAGAUUUGGAAGAGUUAAAUGAAAGUUCUCCUGUAAUUUUCUUUCAUGUAAAUAAAUAUCUAUGUUAAUUUUAAAAUUUGCCAGUAAAAUCUUA